AUGGGAGCUCAGCCGUUGAAACGGCACGACCAGUUCCUCGCUUUCUUCUUCUCCGUUAAAGUGGAGACUCUUUUGCCGGGCUUUCCAGACGGUUUGGCAAUCGGAGUAACAGCGUCGACUCCGGAUGAGAUCAAGACUGACAUCGCUGCGGUAGGUGGAGAUGAUGGGCGUCCCUCUAUCUACGUUAAUCAGGGCAAGCCUUUGGCCAAGAGUGCCGAGGACGUUCUGGACACUUUCAUAGUGGGCCUGAGGGGGAGAAUGUACUCCCCUUUCUGGGAGCACAAAUCUAGGCAUUGUGAAUGGAGUGGAACCCUCGAGAAUGGCUUGCAGGGCGGCAGUGUGGUGAGGUCUCUGGUCUAUUCUUAG